AGGUUAAUGUUCUGACUAACCAAACAUCAUAAGCAGCAAACUUUUGAACAGAAAAUUUCCAUUGGCAGGGGAUGCAGGAGAUGCUCUUAAAUUUGUUAAGAUGAUAAACCCACAACAACAGCAGCGACAGCACAAAAGUCCCCACCAAUAUUAUCGUCACCAUCAUCAUCAUCAGCACCCCCACCAUAACCACGAUAUAAACCACAAAAAAGAGCUGCAGCUACCAACCAAACAACAAGGACCACUGGAACCACUUCCUCAAGCUCAACAGUAUCUGCAUAUGCAGCACUAUCAUCUACUGGAGCGAAGGCAUUGGCACUCAACUACAACUACGACGACAAAAUUGACAUCAUCAUCAUCAUCAUUAGCGCCAUUGCCAUUGGCCUCGAUUCUGGCUGCGGGCUCAGAUCUCGCGACCGGGCCAUCAUCAUCGCCAUCAUCACAUCGAAAACCCCUGCAUCGGCAGCAACAAAUUGUUGUUAAUUUUAAACAAAUUAUAAAUGCCCAUUUAAAUAUCAUCCGAUGGAAUUUCCUGGUCAUAUUCCUUUUGUGCAACUGCAUAGAUUUUUGCAUUUCCAACAAAAUUUACUCUCACAUCACAUCGUCACCGUACUCAACACGACGUGGUUCGGCGGGGCCACACUCAAUGGCAUCGUCGUCGUCAUCAUCAUCAUCGUUGUCAUCAUUGUCUUCGUCCUUUACAUCGGGUUCAUCAUCGCUGCUAACAUCACAAUCGGCAGUCAGUGCAUUCGAGCCGGAUUUUGUUAUACCACUGGAAAAUGUCACCGUGGCACAGGGACGUGAUGCCACAUUCACAUGUGUGGUCAACAAUUUGGGUGGUCACAGGGUGAGUGGAGAUUCAUCAACACCGGCCAAGGUUGCCUGGAUUAAAGCCGAUGCCAAAGCAAUUUUGGCCAUACACGAGCAUGUGAUAACCAAUAAUGACCGGUUAUCGGUUACCCACAACGAUUACAAUACAUGGACACUGAACAUAAGGAAUGUGAAAAUGGAAGACUCUGGCAAAUACAUGUGUCAAGUCAAUACGGAUCCCAUGAAAAUGCAGACAGCUGUUCUGGAAGUUGUUAUACCGCCUGACAUUAUCAACGAGGAGACAUCGGGUGAUAUGAUGGUCCCAGAAGGUGGUUCAGCUAAAUUAGUGUGUCGUGCCCGGGGACAUCCCAAGCCAAGGAUAACAUGGCGUCGUGAGGAUGGCAGAGAAAUUAUAGCUCGAAAUGGUGCACAUCAGAAGACAAAAGCUUUGGCCGUGGAAGGUGAAAUGCUAACAUUGUCAAAGGUCACGCGAUCUGAAAUGGGCGCCUACAUGUGCAUAGCAUCGAAUGGUGUACCGCCAUCUGUGAGCAAACGCAUGAAGCUACAGGUGCAUUUUCAUCCUUUGGUACAAGUUCCCAAUCAAUUGGUGGGUGCUCCCGUCCUGACAGAUGUCACUUUAAUUUGCAAUGUGGAAGCAUCACCCAAAGCCAUCAAUUAUUGGCAAAGAGAAAAUGGUGAAAUGAUUAUUGCCGGUGACCGUUACCUUUUAACCGAAAAGGAGGUCAACAUGUAUUCCAUUGAAAUGGUUUUGCAUAUCAGACGUCUGCAAUCGAGCGAUUUUGGCGGAUACAAAUGCAUAUCGAAAAAUAGCAUCGGUGACACAGAGGGCACAAUUCGAUUAUACGAAAUGGAAAGACCAGGAAAGAAAAUCCUUCGUGAAGAGGAUAUGAAUGAAGUGACGAAGAAUGAAAUUGUGCUCAAAGAAAAUCGCCACGAAGAUGGGGCAAGAAAUCAAAAUGGUCGCCUCUACAAGGAACGUGGCACCGAUGCUAAUCUCUAUAACCACAACAAUGGGGGACGUCCAUAGUGCGGCGCCCAUCGAUGCCAACUCAUAGUUGUAUUAAUUAGCCUAAUACUCUUAUUGGCAUCGACACGAACACUUAACGAUAUCGGCCACAAUCAAAUUGUCGAUGACAGACGGCAUAUGCUGUUGCAGUCGCCGUUGUCCUCGCUGUUCGCGUCAUCGGCCACGUCGUCAUCGUCGAUACAAUCGGCACAAUAUGUAAACGGAUUAUAGCUCAAUUACAAUGUAAUUAAUCAUAAUUAGUAACCAAAUAUGUACAUAUUAGCCAUUGUCGCUGUCGUCGUUGUCGUUGUCGCUGCCAUACACAAUGUGUGUAUGUUUAACUAUCAAUAACAUCUCCUCAACUACCCACUGGCCUUUUCCUAUCCUAUUACCCUCCCCCCAAUAAGCUUCCUCUCCCUUGUUUUCGUACCGACAGAAUAACAAUAAUAAAUAACUAAUGAUAAACUAAAUAAAUUAAAUACACGAAUAUUAUGAAUAAAUAACUGCCGCAUGCGAAAGUAAACGUAAAUGCAAUAACAACACGCAGUCAACAGUCCCAAUAAGCAAUAGCAAAAAAAAACACAUAA